UGAAUGCACAACACUAGUUGUGAAUAUUUAACAGAUCAAUAAUGACAAUUGGUGGAAACAACUGAAGAAAACAGAAAUUUGUUAUGGAUUUUAUAGACGACUUCAUACAGGAAUAUAAAAAUAAUCCGUGCCUUUGGAAGGCGGAUUCAGUGAAUUAUAAAAAUCGAACCAAACGCCAGGAAGCUUACAUGAAACUUAUCGAUGUCGCUGCAAAACAUGGCGAGCAUUACAAUGUUGAAAGAACAAAGCAGAAAAUAAAUAACUUGCGUUGUGCAUUUCGCCAUCAACUUAAAAAAUAUAAUGAGCUCAAAAGCAAAGGCGAAAAGGAGGAGCCGUAUUGUCCUAAGCGUAAAUAUUUCGAAUCCCUUAUGUUUCUCAAGGACGAAGAGACACGCGAUAAAAGACUCAAACAAGACCAUUCAUUUGAUCAAGGCGCGAACAUAAAAGCAGAGAACCGUUUAUUAAGUUCCGAAACUGAAAGUGUAAAUACUGAAUUGUGUGAAACAGAUAAACACACGGGUGCUAGCAUAAAUGGUGUUACGGUUGAUACUAUACAGGUGGUACCCAAUAAUUUGUUUACGGAUAUUUGCAAGGAAAUACACAAGGAUAAUGGCGGUGGCGCAGAAAUGGAAGAUGAUUUAAAUAGCGAAGCGAAUAGCGGUACACUGCUCUUGGAUAAGGAUUCCAAUACGGUCAAUAUAUCCGUCAUUUCUGAAAAAGGUGUGCCGCUUACUCAAGAAAUUGAAGAGAUAGCAAUAACCCCCGUUAGGAAAGAGCACGUCUUUAUUGUGGAUACGGGUACUACAACAACCACUCAUCAUAUCAGCAAUACACCAUCACAUAAACAAACAUCCAGUAAAUCCCGCAAGCGAUCGUCUUCCUUUUCAUCACAGCACUCAAACGAAACGGAUAACACAACACCUAUAAAAACUAAUAAAAGUGACAUUACCUUAGAUCUAGAACAGCUACUUACACUUGCGUGUAAGAAUUUUCAAAAAAAUUCAAGCGAUCAUUAUACAUCGUUUGGGGACAUAGUUGCUCACAAAUUGCGCUCUAUGGACACCAAACAGGCGAUAUAUGCCGAAAAAAUCAUCUCGGAUAUUUUAUAUCAAGGGCAAAUGAAGCUUUUGUCCACCUCAACCAUAGAACGUUUUUCUCAAAUCGAGAAACAAUGCAAUAAUAAUAGCAAUAAUGUCUGAACUGGGUGGCCGUUACCUGCUCUCUGACUCUCAUGGUGAUCGGUGAAUCGACUCAAGAGUUAUAUUGCAAUAAAUUUUUUCUAAGGAUAAAACUCAAAAUUUAAACAGUAUGUAUAUGGCCUAUCCAUUUUAUAUUCAAAUGCACAUGUGUUGUACGAAUAGGAAUACACACAGAGGUUUACAAGUACUCUUCUGUCUAUCUUAGUAGCGUAAUUUUAAGCUCUCAGUACAAUUUAUUAUGAAAAAAAGAACAAUAUUAUGUAUUUUGUGUAAUUAAAAAACAUAAAAAACAUUUUUAA